AUGGUCGGCAAUAUCUACGGCUCACUCCCAGGGGGGACAACAAUCAACUACUCGAGAGGGAGAACAACUGUCCACUUCGGGAGGGGGGGCGCCAGCUUUAAUAUCGUGGGAGGAGACAUUUACUUCACUGGAAACGGAGGUGGUCGACGAAGUUCUGGUGGCUCUAGCCGAGGCCGGAACCACCGCCAGCGCCGGCAGAGGCGACAUGAGACUGAACGGGUUCCUCACCGUGCCGAGAAUCAGCUUAGACACCCACGUCAACCAAACCCAUCCGCGAGAACCGCCCAGCGGAGCUCGAGUUCGCAGAAGACCGGUAACCCAGCCGAGAAGGCUACCAUGUCGAAUUCCCCCAUCGAUACGGUCAAGCCGAGCCAGCCGAUGAAGAACAACGAGGGAAGCUGGGCUGCGAAGAAUACUUGGGGAAGCCUGACAGAGGAACGACUGAGGGUGAGGGCCGAUUUUGAAGCUCCACCAAGUGCUAGGAAGGCCACUGAGAUGGGGUCUCUCGCGAAAACGGCGGAGGCCAGCAGUCAUGCGCAAACUACCAACACGAUUCCACCCAAAUGA